AUGGACGGUACGAUGUUUCCUUUCUUCCGACUACCUGACAACGCACUUCUUCAUGUAUUACGGUCUAUGGAGGAGUUGAGUUUAAUCCUGUUCUCCCUCAUCUCCAAUCGAUCGAAAACCUUGACAAUUUCUGCAAACUUCAAGCCUGAGAACGAUCUGAAAGUUCUGUACGCUACGAAUUUCAUUUUUGAGCUUCAUUUGCGGAAUCGUGAUAGCAUUGUCUUCAAUUUAUAUGAUAGCAGUCUGCGGAGCUGUCACCUACCAACCAUGGAACUCUCUCACUUUGUUUUCUCUACCGUACUAGCAGACCAGUACGGCAAGAUAGAUGAGCUGAUAGAGUACAAAGAGUCGAAGGGAUGGACAACUCGACAGUAUCUUCUUCAUUUUCUUGACAUUCUCCAUCAACCAGAUGUCUACUUCUACUAUAGAGACCCGAGUUUCAGUGCUGAUUGUGUUUCGAAAACUAUGGAAGGGGUCACAGUGAAGAGACUGUGUACUUAUGGGCAAUUCGAAUACGAGAAGACUAUGAAGGCCUUGAAUUACCCCAGUGAGAUCUGCUUCGACACAAAUCAGUUCACGAGUCACGAGUCUUUGAGCAAAUUCUACAUUCAAAACUUGGAUUAUUUAGAUUUUGGUGAUGGAUUUCUAGUCACACUCGACGAUCUGUUGCUAAUAAACUGCAAACAUAUUGGUGUGACGUUUUCAAGACUUCGUGAAAAGCAUCUGAAUAUCUAUCUCAAAUCAUGGCUCCGCGGACAGAAAGAGGAGUUGGAACAUGUCUGUUUAUUGGCGAGUCGAAUCAACUGGGAAGAAGUAGUUCCAUAUAACAAAGAGGUCUUGCUAAAGGGAUUGAAGUAUACUACUGUUUCAGAUGAUGUGGAAAGAUUAUUCUAUUGUUCUGUUCCUGAUACAGAUGGAAAACGGGUAGUAGCUAUAAAAGGAGGAUAUGAUAUCAAGAGAAAAGAUGGGAGACUGGUGACAAUUGUUCUGCAAAACGACUUUCCGUAUUUCGAAAUAAUCCUGUUCUCCCUCAUCUCCAAUCGAUCGAAAACCUUGACAAUUUCUGCAAACUUCAAGCCUGAGAACGAUCUGAAAGUUCUGUACUCUAGGGAUUUCAUUUUUGUAAUUCAUUUGCCGAAUCGUGAUGGCAUUGAAUUCAAUUUAUAUGAUAGCAGUCUGUGGAGUAGGAAUAGCGGUCAUCUCCCAAUCGUGGAUCUCUCUCACUUUGUUUUCUCUACCGUACAAGCCGACCAGUACGGCAAGAUAGAUGAACGGAUUGAGUACAAAGAGUCGAAGGGAUGGACAGCUCGACAAUACCUUCUUCAUUUUUUGGCCAUUCUUCACAAACCGUAUGUAUUUCUAUACUAUAGAGAUUCCGGAUUUAAUGCUGAUAGUGUUUCGAAAACUAUGGAAGGGGUCACAGUGAAGAGACUUUGCACUUAUGGGGAAUUCGAAUUUGAGAAGACAAUGAAGGUGUUGAAUUACCCAAGUGAGAUCUGGUUUGAUACAAAUCAGUUCACGAGUCACGAGUCUCUCAGCAAGUUCUACAUUCAAAACUUUGAUUAUUUGAUUUUGGUUAACGGAUUUCUGGUCACACUCGACGAUCUGUUGAUAAUGAAUUGCAAACAUAUUUUUGUGCUCUUUUCAAGACUUCGUGAGAAGCAUCUGAAUAUCUAUCUCAAAUCGUGGCUCCGCGGACAGAAAGAGGAGUUGGAACAUGUCUGUUUGGUGGGGAAUCGAGUCGACUGGGAAGAAGAAGUAGUUCCAUAUAACAAGGAGAUUGUACUAAAGGGAUUGAAGUAUACUACCGUUCCAGAUGAUGUGGAAAGAUCAUUCUAUUGUUCUGUUCCCGAUACAGAUGGAAAACGGGUGGAAACUAUAAAAGGGGGAUAUGAUAUCAAGAGAAAAGAUGGGAAGCUGGUGACAAUUGUUCUGCAAAACGACUUUCCGCGGUUCGAAAUGUAUGUAUGGCCCAAUGACCAAUAA